CGUGACGUCAUUGAUCUGCGCCAUUUGGAAAAUACAGCUACAGAGGAGUGAAGAGUAACAAUGUCUGAGCGGAAAGUCUUAAAUAAAUAUUACCCUCCAGAUUUUGAUCCAUCUAAAAUCCCAAAGUUAAAGCUUCCAAAAGAUCGCCAGUAUGUGGUUCGUCUGAUGGCACCAUUUAAUAUGAGGUGUAAGACUUGUGGAGAGUAUAUUUACAAGGGGAAGAAGUUCAAUGCUAGAAAAGAAACUGUGCAAAAUGAACUGUAUCUGGGGCUCCCUAUUUUCCGUUUCUAUAUUAAGUGUACACGUUGCCUAGCUGAGAUCACUUUUAAGACAGACCCUGAAAACACAGAUUAUGCAAUGGAACAUGGAGCAACUCGCAACUUUCAAGCAGAAAAAUUGAUAGAGGAGGAAGAAAAGAGGUUUCAAAAAGAACGUGAAGAAGAAGAGCUCAAUAACCCUAUGAAGGUUCUUGAGAACCGUACCAAGGAUUCCAAAAUGGAGAUGGAGGUUUUAGAGAACCUGCAAGAACUGAAAGAAUUAAAUCAGCGCCAGGCAAAUGUGGACUUUGAAGCAAUGCUGGAAGUUUAUAAAGAGACAGAGGAAGAGAUCAGGAGACGGCAAGAGGAAGAGGAUGAACAAGAGAUGAGGGCAAUGAUGGAAGAGGCCAACAGAAAACGGAUGUUAGUUGAUUCUGACUCAGAUGAAGAGGGUUCUGAAGUGAAGCCUAAACACACAAUAAAAGCAAAGGCAACAGAUAUCUUGGUUAAGAAUGAUCAUGUCCAGAACAAGAAACAGCGAGGGGAGAAAUUGGAAGGUGGCAGUCUUAAAGUAAAUAGCCGACAGCUGUUAUCGGGACUUGUAACAAGAAAGCAAGAGGUGGCACAGCCUGACAAAUCUAAACAGGACAACACCAAAACAGAUGAUGAAAAAAUUGCGCUGAAAGUCACCGAAACACAGAAUUAUAAGUUGGCAUUACCAUCCAAAGGUACAAUACCUGAGUCCUAUACCAAAAAUGUCACCUCCAACCUGCCUGGCUCUUCAGGUCUGUCCUCUUUGAUGCAGCUGGGAGCAUACUCUGAUAGUGAAGAAAGUGACUAAGGAUCAGAAGACAGAUUAAAUAUAUAUAAUAUAUUAUAUGAUAGCAAUUGCAGGCAACUUUGUUACAUAUGAUAUUUUGGUCAACCUUUCCAACAAGAUCUGUUUUCCUGUGUCUAGAGUACAGGAAAGAAAUUCCCCAAACUUUUUAAGGUGAUAGGUUUAAGUCUGUUAUUUAACAGACCAUAAUAUUUUGGUAUUUUUCUUCAAUUCCUAAAUUACAGCUAGUUUUAAUACUUAAGCUUUUUACUAUUGUUUAAUAGAUACUUGUCGUAUUUAUUGGCUAGUAAAAUUUCUUUCUACUGGUUCAUUCAGACCCCCCUCAGUAACGCAGCUUGUUUAAGUUAAGCAACUUUUUUUAAUGUUUUUCUUUAUCAGCUCUCUGGUUGCUAGGGCCCAAUUUAACCUAGCUACCAGGUAGUAGUUUGAAAGAGAGACAGGAAUAUGAACAGAGGAGGGCCUAAAUAGAAAGAUAACUAAUUAAAAAGUAUCAGUAAAAUUAUAGCCUGACAGAGAAAUUGUUUUUGGCCAGCUGGUGUCAGUGACUCCUAUUUGAAACCUUGAAAUACAAUUGAAAAGUUCCUAAGAAAAGGCCAUUCUGUAACAUGAUAAAAGUUAACCUGAAGGUGAACCACUCCUUUAACCCACAGUAGACAAUCGGCAAUUAGCUCUGAUAUGUUUACUGCAGGCAGAAAAUAAAGCUAAUCUAACUUUAGUAUGAUUUCUGCACCAUGUGUAUGGCUUAUAAAUGCUUGCCGAAAAUACGCGCCAUAUGCUCCUACCUGUGCCUGCACCUGAAUGAAUAGAAUACGCUCGGGUGCAGGCACAUGUAGCCGAAAACCGCAUAAAAAUGCAAGACUUCUGCUAUAUGUGCCUGCACCCAAGUGUCUUCCAUUCAUUCAGGUGCAGGCACAGGUAGGAGCAAAUGGGGCGCAUGGCGCGUAUUUUCAGCAAGUGUUUUUCGGCUUGCUGAAAAUAUACUCCAUACGCAUGGUGUAGCAUUAGCCUAAUAAGUUUUAAUAACAGACACAUUAAUGGAUCAUUAACAGAUACCACAUUUUUAGAGACCAUGCAGAUUCCUGAUAGUUUGGUAGUAAGAUUGAUCAUCUAAUCUCCUGCACAAAAUGGCCUGCACCAGCCAGGAAGAGAACAUCAUGAAAUAUAAUUGUUUGCUAAACUUAAAC